CUUCAUCUGUCCCGUGUGUACAUUAACCGGUCAUCUUCGUCACGCGAAGUCUGGUCGUUGAUGCGAGUGAGAUCCUCGGAAUCCGAUCAAUGUCGAUCUGAUCACUGCGCUUUACAUAUACAAGAUCCCACAGCAGUGGACACCCACCCCACUCCAUCGAUAGACAUCGUCUGCAAGUCUCAGGCUGUCAGUCGUAUCAAUGCCCGCGCGGCUUGGACCAGCUCCCCUAUGGCGACAACAUCCCCAAAGAACGGCGUAAUGUUACUGCCAGCGGAGGAGCUCGAGCAGCGAGCCUCACAUAUGGGUCGCAUUCAUCUCUCCUCGUUCCGCAUUGUCUGUGGCACCUUGUUCGGUGUCGCAAUGGCCUGCUUCGUCCUUCGUCUAUGUAUCCGCCUGCACGCUCGCCGGAAACUAUUCGCAGACGACUGCAUCCUCAUCAUCGCCAUGUCGGCCUUGGUAGGCGGUACCAUCACGCUCUUCCAAAACGAUCUCCUUCUCUUCGUCACAAAUGCCAUGUUCCCAGCUUCCAAAAACCCCUUGAGCACCGACAGUCCUUUCUGGAUAGAGAAAGUCACCAACACAGCGGGGACUCGGAUACAACUUGCUGUGUUUGCAUGGACAGCAAUCUUUGGAGUCAAGUUCUCGUUCUUCGCGUUUUUCAAACCUCUUAUCUACUCCUUCCGCGGUUUGACUAUCCACUAUUGGGUCUGUCUAGCCUUUACCGUCAUCGCAUACGCCGUGAGCAUUGCCGAGGGAGUCUAUCUCAAUCGCCUCACCAGCAUGAAUCCGUUUGCACCACGCCAAAGACAUUGCUCUAGCAGGGUAAUGAUAUUCAUAACUACAACAAGUACUCUGGACAUCAUAUCUGACCUCAUGAUCAUCAGCAUCCCCUUGCUUCUUCUCCGCAACUCUCUCAUGAAGCCUUUCACCAAAUCCGGUAUCGCCGCAUUCUUGUGUCUCUCGGUCUUCAUGAUUGUCUGCAGCCUCUGCCGAGCUUCGGGCUUUCUGUCGGGGAAGGUUGGCCUUCAUGAUUUGAUAUGGAGAUACUUUUGGCAUCAGGUGGAGGCAUGCGUUGCCGUGCUUAUGGCAUCAAUAACGGUCUUCCGUACUGUUCUGCUCAGUUCACGCCAAUCUAGUGACAACCGUAGUCACGAUGCGCCUCAGGGGUCCUCAUUCAUUAGAAGAUGGCUGUUCAAGGUUAGCCAUUCGAAGAAACGCACAGAUCAUGUCUCAGAGAAGGACUUUGUGAGGGUUGAUCAUCUAGCAUUACCAACGAUGCCAUCUGCGACCUUUACCGGUAUUAGAUCUUUCAUCAGAGGCAAUCAGCGCCCGGGGCACGACGUAACCGCUGCAGAGUCUGAGUUUGAUCCAUCAGAGGCUGAUUAUCACGCAUAUAUAAGAAGAGGGGAUGUGGAAAGAGAUGCAAGAAGAUGAUUGGCUCAAAUAAAAUUUCCUAUGUAAAUACCUCUGGACCUCUUCACGUCUUGCGACUACCCCAAACGCUGGUUGAUGUGUGUUGAUCUAGACCUUAACGAGUAGGAUGUCUCGGGCCGAUAAUCGUCAGAUGCACAAAUGUCAGUAUUUGAGAACUGCAUGUGCAUCAAACAAAUGCAGGAUUCUCAUUAUAGACGGAGCAAUUUCAGUCCCUACUAUUCUAAUCUACAUCUUAUCCCGGAUAGCUUUGUAUAGUGAUUCAUCCGACUCAUGCCACUCUUCAAGCAACACAUCCCGACCCUUAAGCAGAUCUUCACCAUGUUUCUGCAGCUCAAACCAAUUGAGGUCAUCUUCCAACUUCUUUUUCGCAAGCUCAUUCAUAACCUCCAUCUUACUUCUUAACGUGCUCUUGACUAGGUCUUCAAAGUCCUCCCAGAGCCCCACCAAUUCUUCUCCUAGGCGCUGGUCUCUUAAAGUAUCGUCAGAUGAGGGCGGAAGAACUGUCUUUUCCUGAUCUUUCUCCACAAUCUUGGCAGAGCUCUCCAGUUCUUCGGAUGUCCUGCGCAUUAUAAUCUUCCAAGUUUCAACGUAAGUUUCUCCGCUGGGGUCCCCGUCCGUCUUUUCAAC